AGCCAUGGAGCGUUGGCGCGGACGAGUUGCUGUGGUGACGGGUGCGAGUGCGGGCAUUGGCGCUGCCAUCGCCUACCAGUUCCAAGACGCUGGGCUCACCGUCGUCGCGUUGGCCCGUAGGAAGGAGAAGAUCCCGAUGUAUAUUAAACCAGGUUUUGAAUCAAGUUUGAGACCUCUUCAAGUUGCACCACAUAUUACACAAUUCAUUACACAAGUGACCAUGAUCCACGAAAUUAUUGUGAAACCUGUGGGAGAAGCCUUCUAA